AUGCAACAAACACAAUUAAUUGGACAGGUUGUGGCAAAAUAUCCAUUCCUUGUACAUAUUAAAAACAACCAAGGCGCCAAUGCAUUACAAUCUGCAGCAAGUUCUGGAGAUAAAAAUGCAUUUAUUCAUCUGUUAAAGUAUGGUUGUGAUCCAUAUGAAAAAGAUCAAGACAAUGGACACACGGUUCUUACUUGUGCUUGUCAGGAUGGUAGGACAGACAUUGUCAAAUACCUUGUUGAUAAAUAUCCUGCAUUACUCAAGGAGCACACAGAUGUUCAUGGUAAAAGUCUCUUGUAUUGGGCAGCUUUCAGUGGAAAAAUAGAUAUGUUUGAAUACAUGCUUCAUCUCCUUCAGAAUGAAAAUAUACAUCUUUCAAGUGACAUAAAACAUAUGGUAUCUGCAAAAGAUAAUUCAGGUCAAUCUAUGUUGCAUGCUGCAUGUAGCAAUGGUCAUUUUGAUAUGUGUGAGUAUCUCUUGAAAACAUACCCAGAAUUACUGAAUGUUACAGACAAUGACGGUGAAAAUGCUCUCCACUACACAGCUCGAGGAGGGAACGUAGAUCUUUUUAAGUUUCUAUCAAGUAAAGGAUUAAAUGUUAAUUGUACAACAAAUACUGGGAAGACUGUGUUACACAUGAGUUGUGCUGGAGGUAGAGAGGAAAUGUGUAGGUAUCUUGUAAAUAGGUAUCCAGAUUUAAUAUCUGUCAUAGAUAAUGAUGGAUGGUCAGUGUUACAUACAGCUUGCUUGGGGGGAAAUGUAAAAAUUGUUUACUUUCUGAAAGAAAAAGGAAUGGACAUUAAUACCUUGUCAAAUGAUGGUCAAACUAUCUUGCAUAUAGCCUGUCUCAGUGGAAAGAUUGAAGUUUGUGAGUAA